GUUAGGUGCAACGGGUCACAGUAAAUGCCUCAGUGUCCCUCACCUGGACACACAGUAGGGAUAAAGGACUCAGAGAGAGGGAGGAGAGAGAGAGAGAUAGUCCUCGGAGACUCAGGAGCCGACUGCACAGAGGAGGUUUACUUCUGAAUCCUCUCAGUUGCUUAAAAAUUUACAAAAGUAACAGAACUUCUUAUUAAAGAGAGACACAGAAGCUCUUAUUUCCAAUUUCUUUUUUGCACAGAGGAGGUUUACAGCAAGCCACCAUGAAGCUGAAAUUACCAAACCCAGGACUGGAUGACCGAAUCCCAUCUCAUGAAGAUUUGGAAAGGAUGGAAACCGAGGAGGCUGGGGACAGGCCCAAAUGGGACAACAAAGCCCAGUACCUCCUCACCUGCGUGGGCUUCUGCGUGGGACUCGGUAACGUCUGGAGGUUCCCGUACCUGUGUCAAAGCCAUGGAGGAGGAGCGUUUAUGAUCCCGUUCCUUAUCCUGUUGGUUCUGGAGGGAAUCCCGCUGCUGCACUUAGAGUUUGCCAUUGGUCAGCGCCUGAGAAAAGGCAGCGUGGGAGUGUGGAGAGCAAUCAACCCUUACCUGACUGGAGUUGGCAUUGCAUCGUUACUUGUCUCAUUUUUGGUCGGUAUGUAUUACAACACCAUCAUGGCCUGGAUCAUGUGGUACCUGUUCAACUCCUUUCAAGAUCCUCUGCCUUGGAGCCAAUGCCCUCUCAAUGCUAACAGCACAGGUUUAGUGGCUGAGUGCGCACGGAGCACCACUGUUGACUACUUCUGGUACAGAGAGACUCUGAACACUUCAGCAGCCAUUGAUGACUCUGGAGGUUUGCAGUGGUGGAUGGUGCUGGCCCUGUUCGCUGCCUGGACUCUGCUGUAUGUGUGCUGCAUUCGUGGCAUUGAGACUUCUGGCAAGGCUGUCUACAUCACCUCCACUCUCCCAUAUUUUGUCCUCACAAUCUUCCUCAUCAGAGGAUUGACUCUCAAAGGCUCUACAGAGGGAAUAAAGUACCUCUUCACACCAGAUGUGGAUGAGUUAAUGAAUCCACAGACUUGGUUGGAUGCAGGAGCUCAGGUUUUCUACUCCUUCUCCUUGGCUUUCGGGGGCCUCAUCUCUUUCUCCAGUUACAACUCUGUUCACAACAACUGUGAGCAAGACGCCGUUCUCAUCUCCAUCAUCAAUGGCUGCACCUCGGUGUACUCUGCAACGGUGAUCUACUCCAUCAUCGGUUUCAGGGCAACGCAGAAAUUUGAUGAAUGCCAGGGAGAUAACAUCCUGCAUCUCAUCAAUGCCUUUGACUACCCUGAAACCUCCAUCACAAUAGAGAACUACGAUCAGGUUCUGACCAGCCUAAAUCAGACAAAUCCAGAUAUCAUCCAAGGUUUGCCCUUAAAAACCUGCGACAUUCAGAAUUUACUCAGUCAGGGUGUGGAGGGAACGGGCCUGGCCUUCAUCGUUUUCACAGAGGCCAUCAUCAAGAUGCCUGUUUCACCUCUCUGGGCAGUCCUCUUUUUCAUCAUGCUCUUCUGUCUCGGCCUUUCAACUAUGUUUGGGAACAUUGAGGGAGUGGUGGUUCCCCUUCAAGACCUUAGAGUUCUUCCUCAAACUUGGCCUAAAGAAGUUUUUACUGGUCUUACUUGCUUAAUAUCCUUUGCUCUUGGGCUCAUAUUCACCCUACGCUCUGGGAACUACUGGCUAGCUCUUUUUGACAACUUUGCAGGCUCAAUCCCCCUCCUAAUCAUCGGUUUCUGUGAAAUGUUUGCAGUUAUCUACAUCUAUGGGAUUGAUAGGUUCAACAAGGACAUUGAAUUUAUGGUUGGCCACAAGCCCAAUAUUUUCUGGCAGGCAACAUGGAGAGUGAUUAGCCCACUCCUUAUGAUCUUCAUCCUAAUUUUCUACUUUGUUACCCAAGUCACCAAAGAUUUAACCUAUCUGGUGUGGGACGAGGAAGCGGCGAGCUUUCCCAUACUGGAAGCACGUCCCUAUCCCUCUUGGAUCUAUGCCAUCAUCUUUAUCCUUGCUGGAAUUCCCAGUCUGGCCAUCCCCAUUUUUGCGCUCUUUAAAUUUUUCCAGAGGAAGUGCUGCAAGGACAAAAGCUACAAAGAUCACCCAGUGGACACUAUCUCAGCCAAAAUAGAAAUGAACGGCAAAGCAAAGUUCUAGGUUGAUGUCGCCUUGAUUGUUUAAUGUGACUGAUGUGUACUUGCUUUUAUUGAUGUGUUCUAUGCACAAGAUUGCGACUGCUGACUAUUAUCUUUGAAAAACAGAUGUGUAUUUUUAAGUUGUUAGUUAGUUUCUGCAUGAUUGUGCACUUUGGGAGAUUUAUUAUAGGGCUACAGGACACCCAAUGGCUGCUUAGCUUAUCUUGGCAGAAGGAAACAGGUUGACCUGCUCUGUUCAUAAAAUAUGCUUACAAACAUCUAAAGCUCAAUAAUUAACAUGUUCUCAGAUUGCAUCUGUAUGGAGUGCACAAAGAAAAAAAAAUGGGUGAGCCGGUCUGAUAUGUUUCUCCUGUACCCACAGAAAGUAGUAAUGUUAAGUUAACCAGUCAGUGGUUGAAUAUAUAACUAUUCUUUUGAUAUUUUAAAUGUACCACGCAUGUAUGUCUAAUACAGACAAUUGACUAAUUAUGGGACAAAUCCUGACCAUCGUUCCCUAGAGUGAUGGCUUUGCAGUCACUAAAUCUUUCAGAAGAAUGUUAUUCAUUCAUUCAAUCAAUGCAAAGAUGAACUGAAGAUGCUUUGGUGUCACGUGGCAACCCGGCAUAUUACUCAGACACUUUAUGUUGCAUUUUCCUGUGGUGUGCCGAGUGCCUCUAUAUACAUGAGGUUUAUUUUAAUAUUUUGUAAAUAAUCCUUGGAUUAAGUAAGAUUUUUACACACUGUAAUAAUGUCUUAGAUUUUUUUAAGCUGGAAAAAAACGAAGAAUACAGGCCUCGCUACCAUUCAGCCCCCUUUUGUGUUGUUUGGUUAUUGUGUUUUUAAGGCGGACUGUUGUAAACUUCUACCUUGUGAUGUACAGUUCCAAGAAAAGGUUUGUGAAAUUUCUGCACUGAUCCUAACUUGAGGCACAACUAUUGAUAAACUUUGUCUGACUAAACUAGCACAAACAACG